GGCUAGGAUCCAGAAUGAUUCUGAGAGCAGAGGUUGCAUGAUUCAAUUCUCUCUUUUAACUGUUCUGUGAGGACGCCGACCUGGCCUUUCUCAUUUGUAAAGUGAGCACACACAUCAUUUUACACUUGUACUGAGACUUAUCAGUCCUUAGUAGAAGAAAAUCACGUAUAGCUCCUAAAGCCCGCAAAAGCUGGAAGAAAGAGGAUCCAUCUGCCAAUUUCCUGGCCUGAUCAGUUUCAUAGACAAAAAGGAAAACCUGAACUUUUGCCCCCGUGAAGAGGCUACCUGGUUGAUUUGCAAAGUAGUUUUCUGCUGCUUCUUCACAUCCUACCUCUGGUCUUCAACAAGGACACUGUCAUCAGAGCAAAGGAAAAGUCUGUGAAAGAGGAGCCCAAUUUCUUAGGAAGGAUGAGCCGGCCGUAUGACUCGAUGGACCCGAAGGUGAUGGACGAUGACAUGCUCAAGGCAGCUGUUGGGGAGCAAGGCCCCCAGGAGGAGGCUGGGCAGCUAGCCAAGCAGGAGGGCAUCCUCUUCAAAGACGUCCUAUCCCUGCAGCUGGACUUCCAAAACAUCCUCCGCAUAGAUAACCUCUGGCAGUUUGAGAACCUGCAGAAGCUGCAGCUGAACAACAACAUCAUCGAGAGAAUCGAGGGCCUGGAAAACCUCACGCACCUGGUCUGGCUGGAUUUGUCCUUCAACAACAUCGAGGCCAUUGAGGGCCUGGAUACCCUGGUCAACCUGGAGGACCUCAGCUUGUCCAACAACCGGAUCUCCAAGAUGGACUCUCUAGAUGCCCUGGUGAAGCUGCAAGUGUUGUCACUGGGCAACAACCAGAUUAGCAACAUAAUGAAUGUCAUCUACCUGCGCCAGUUCAAAUGCCUGCGGACACUCAGCCUCGCUGGGAACCCCAUUGCUGAGGCAGAGGAGUACAAGAUGUUCAUCUAUGCCUAUCUUCCUGACCUCGUGUACCUGGACUUCCGGCACAUUGAUGAGCAGGCGAAGGAGAUAGCGAAGAUAAAGCAUCAGUAUAGCAUUGAUGAGCUGAAGCACCGGGAGGCACAGAGGCAGGCCCGGCUGGAGGCUGAGAAGGCCGAGCGGGAAAAGCUGGCGGAGCACAAGAUGGCAUUCAUCGAGCACUUGGAUGGCUCCUUCCUGUUUGACAGCAUGUAUUCCGAGGAUGUGGAAGGCAACAAGCUGUCCUACCUGCCUGGUGUUGGUGAGCUCCUUGAGACCUACAAGGACAAAUUUGUCAUCAUCUGCCUGAACAUUUUCGAGUAUGGCCUGACGCAGCAGGAGAAGAGAAAGGCAGAGUUAGACACUUUCAACGAGUGCAUACAGGAGGCCAUCCAGGAGAACCAGGGCCAGGGCAAGCUUAAGGUUGCCAAGUUUGAGGAAAAGCAUCUGCUGAAUUUGAAUGCCAUCCGAGAAGAGAGUGAACUGCCCAAUAUCGAGAAGAAGCUGAUAGAAUGCAGUGAUGACAUCACGGAGCUGUUCAACAUGCUCAUGACGCUGGAGAUGCAGCUGGUGGAGCAACUGGAGGAGACUAUAAACAUAUUUGAAAGAAACAUCACUGACUUGGUGGGACUGUUUAUUGAAAAUGUCCAAAGUCUGAUGGCUCAGUGCCGCGACUUGGAGAACCAUCACCACGAGAAGCUCCUGGAGAUUGCCAUCAACACCCUGGAGAAGAUCCUCAAGGGCGAGAUGGAUGAGGACUUGCCAGAUGAUGUGCGGGCGCUCUUUGUUGACAAAGACACAAUUGUUAAUGCUGUUGGGGCAUCGCAUGACAUUCAUCUCCUGAAGAUUGACAACCGAGAAGAUGAGCUGGUGACUGGAAUCAACUCUUGGUGUGCACAACUAUUAGACAAGAUUCACAAAGAUGAGAUCAUGAGGAACCGCAAGCGAGUGAAGGAGAUCAAUCAAUACAUCGACCACAUGCAGAGCGAGCUGGACAACCUGGAAUGUGGUGACAUUAUAGACUAGGUGUCAGCCAGAGAUCCCCUGAUGGACCCAGCCCCCGAGAGUUAUGGGAAUUCCUUGGUUCAUACCUCCUCCAACACCCUUGGUAAUAAUUCUCAAUUUUAAAAAAAAGGUCUGGUGUUAGUAUUCUCUUAGCAGGAGACCGCGACAGUGAUCAUGUAUGAGCAGAUCCAGAACCACCCACACCACCUACACAGGUGGCCGGCAGUCGAAUGGAAGUGUGGUGAUGGCAGAGUGCUAACCCCACCCAUGCACGCUAGUGCUCUUCACUUGGCAUAGCCAGGGAAGGCUGCAGGCAGCAUCUUUCCCUACUCCGGGUGCUGAGGACCAGAGAAGUGAGAGGCUGACGCUCCUACUGCAGCACGGAGCUACAACAGCCUGGGCUGCUCCUGAAGGCAGAGGCCACAGCUCCCUUCAGCUCAGAACGUGGCUGCAUGAACCUAAGUCAGGGGCUCAGCCUGGUUCUCCAGGCACAUCGCCCUCCCACUAGGCACGGCAACAGGAAGCAGAGCCUGCUGCUAAGACUGUGGAGGUGACUGUGUGGAGAGGACGCUCAGGACUCCCAUUGGAAGAUGAAAGGAAAGAUGUAUGUGUUAGCUUCCCACCACUGUAACAAACACCAUACACAGACAACUUGUAGAGAGAAAAGCAUUAUUUUGGA